CAGCCCGUCUCACUCUCUUCCUUCAAUCCCCCCCAUGGAAGCUCCUUUCUCUGCUCCUCCUCUCCCAUUUCAAAGCCCCUUUGUGUGAUGCCCUCCCAACUCUGCCCAGUUAGAAGCAUUGAUCUGUCUCUCCUGCUCCCUGUCACUUCCAAACCUCCUCUCAUGCAAAGAGCUCCCUCAUCCCAACCGCAAAGAGCUCCCUCAUUCCAGCCACACAGAGCUCCUUCAUCCCAGCCACACAGAGCUCCUUCAUCCCAGCCACACAGAGCUCCCUCAUCCCAGCCACACAGAGCUCCCUCAUCCCAGCCACACAGAGCUCCCUCAUCCCAGCCACACAGAGCUCCCUCAUCCCAGCCACACAGAGCUCCCUCAUCCCAGCCACACAGAGCUCCCUCAUCCCAGCCACACAGAGCUCCCUCAUCCCAGCCACACAGAGCUCCCUCAUCCCAGCCACACAGAGCUCCCUCAUCCCAGCCACACAGAGCUCCCUCAUCCCAGCCACACAGAGCUCCCUCAACCCAGCCACACAGAGCUCCCUCAACCCAGCCACACAGAGCUCCCUCAACCCAGCCACACAGAGCUCCCUCAACCCAACCACACAGAGCUCCCUCAACCCAACCACACAGAGCUCCCUCAACCCAACCACACAGAGCUCCCUCAACCCAACCACACAUAGCUCCCUCAACCCAACCACACAGAACUCCCUCAACCCAACCACACAGAACUCCCUCAACCCAACCACACAGAACUCCCUCAUCCCAACCACACAGAGCUCCCUCAACCCAACCACACAGAGCUCCCUCAACCCAACCACACAGAGCUCCCUCAACCCAACCACACAGAACUCCCUCAUCCAAACCACACAGAGCUCCCUCAUCCCAGCCACACAGAGCUCCCUUAUCCCAACUACAGAGCUCUCUCAUUCCAGAAACACAAAGCUUCCUCGUCCUACCCAAGUCAGAGCUCCCUAAUCCCAGCUCCUUAAGACUGUCAAACCUCCUCUUAGGCAAAGAGUUCCUUAAUCUCAGCCAAACCACACAGAGCUCCCUCACCAUCAGCCAAACCAUACAGAGCCCCCCCUCCCCCAGCAAACCUCACAGAGCUCCCUCACCACUAGCCAAACCUCACAGAGCUCCCUCACCUCCAGCCAAACCUCACAGAGCUCCCUCACCUCCAGCCAAACCUCACAGAGCUCCCUCACCUCCAGCCAAACAUCACAGAGCUCCCUCACCCCCAGCCAAACAUCACAUAGCUCCCUCACCCCCAGCCAAACAUCACAGAGCUCCCUCACCCCCAGCCAAACCUCACAGAGCUCCCUCACCUCCAGCCAAACCUCACAGAGCUCCCUCACCUCCAGCCAAACCUCACAGAGCUCCCUCACCUCCAGCCAAACAUCACAGAGCUCCCUCACCCCCAGCCAAACCUCACAGAGCGCCCUCACCCCCAGCCAAACCUCACAGAGCUCCCUCACCUCCAGCCAAACCUCACAGAGCUCCCUCGCCCCCAGCCAAACCUCACAGAGCUCCCUCACCUCCAGCCAAACCUCACAGAGCUCCCUCGCCCCCAGCCAAACCUCACAGAGCUCCCUCACCUCCAGCCAAAACUCACAGAGCUCCCUCACCCCCAGCCAAACCUCACAGAGCUCCCUCACCUCCAGCCAAACCUCACAGAGCUCCCUCACCCCCAGCCAAACCUCACAGAGCUCCCUCACCUCCAGCCAAACCUCACAGAGCUCCCUCACCCCCAGCCAAACCUCACAGAGCUCCCUCACCUCCAGCCAAACCUCACAGAGCUCCCUCACCUCCAGCCAAACUGCUGAGAAGAUUUGACUGUGGGGCAGCUUGGCCUCUCUCAGUGAGUGAAGCCAUCAGACUAUGAGCGUCCACAUGUGAAUAGAGGGGAGCCUCCCAAAAGCUUAGGAGAUAGGAAGUUGGACCUCUCCCUGCACAACAAAGCAAAGAUGAGUUCUUGCAAAUUUAUAAACCAGGACAUUGAGAACAGAGUUAGUAAGAUGCCAAAGCAGGUGCAGAAAAAUCCAGUGGUUGUCACCAACCGUACCAUGGUGGUCACUGAGCCAGAGAAAAGACGAAGGCAGAGGUACGUUGAGAAGGAUGGCAAGUGUAAUGUGCACCAUGGCAAUGUUCGUGAGACAUACAGAUACCUUACAGACAUCUUUACCACUUUGGUGGACCUCAAGUGGAGGUUUAACUUGUUGGUUUUCACAAUGGUCUACACAAUCACUUGGAUUUUCUUUGGAUUCAUAUGGUGGCUCAUUGCCUACAUCCGUGGUGAUCUUGACCAUAUUGAGGAUAACAGCUGGACACCCUGCGUUGACAAGUUAAAUGGCUUUGUAUCUGCUUUCCUCUUCUCCAUUGAGACCGAAACUACCAUUGGUUAUGGAUAUAGGGUGAUCACAGACAAGUGUCCAGAGGGAAUUGUUUUACUGCUAGUCCAGGCUAUUCUUGGAUCCAUAGUCAAUGCUUUCAUGGUGGGCUGCAUGUUUGUAAAGAUCUCCCAGCCAAAGAAAAGGGCAGAGACCCUGAUGUUUUCCAACAUGGCUGUGAUCUCAGUGAGGGACGGAAAGCUGUGUCUCAUGUUCCGAGUGGGUGAUCUGCGAAAUUCACAUAUUGUAGAAGCAUCGAUCAGAGCUAAACUGAUAAAGUCCAAGCAAACCAAGGAGGGAGAAUUUAUCCCUCUCAACCAGACCGAUAUCAAUGUGGGGUUUGACACUGGAGAUGAUCGUUUGUUCCUGGUCUCACCCCUGAUUAUCUGCCAUGAGUUCAACGAGCAAAGCCCAUUUUGGGAAAUGUCCAAAGACCAGCUGGGAAAAGAGGAGUUUGAAAUAGUGGUGAUUUUGGAAGGAAUGGUGGAAGCCACAGGGAUGACAUGUCAAGCUCGAAGUUCGUAUGUGGAACACGAGGUCCUCUGGGGAUAUCGUUUCAUGCCUGUGCUUACCUUGGAAGAAGGUUUUUAUGAAGUGGAUUAUGACACCUUUCAUAAUACCUAUGAAACGCCCACUCCCAGCUGCAGUGCCAAGGACCUAGCAGAACAAAAUGUAAAAGGUGAAAUCUUGCCGAUACAACCUGCCAACCACAAGGCCAACCAGACCAUGGCGGAUGACAUUGAGGAAGGGCAGGAAGAUGGCAUCACACCUGUGGUAUCUAAUGGGGACAUCAGUAAAAUAAAGAUAGCAAUGACGGAACAAAUAUAAAAACAAUUGGGACAGGAUAGGAUUUCACAUCACUACAAGGACAGUGCUUUGUUCUUACAACGUCUUGUACUAAAUAUCUGCAGAGAACACUUUGUAACCAUUGAGAUACACCCUGUCAAUGCAGAAAGAGGGAUGAACCAUGUCUUACAAUUCUUUGAUAAAAACAACUGGACACAAUCUAACCAGAUUUGCUCCCACAGCCGUCUCUCCAAAGGGAUGUUAGCAACACCAUGGCUGAAGCUGUGGACUGUUUUUUGCUGGUUUUAACCUUUUCUCUCAUCCAUUAGUGGAAUUUGCAAUACUGCAAGUACUUACCCUCCUCCACAAACAAUAGUGAAUGUUAUGGCCAUUAUGGGCGAAGUGGGGAAUUAUCUCCAUACACAUUCCACUCUUGUCGUUCUACAAAACGCUGCCCUUGUUAUUUGUCUUUUGUGCUCCGUGGAAAAUGUAUUUGAUAGAAACCAAGAGCAAAGUCAUGACAACAAUUGUACACUGUCUCUCUUUACACUCCGAUCUAGAUAAUGAACACUGU